CAAUAUAAAACAGACCUUGUAUUAAUUUUGUUUUAUUAACACGUGUUUUUGGUUUAGAUAUUUUCAUAAGUUCAUUGGAUUUGAUUACGAUUUGACAACACCAGCUGAACUUGAAUCGAUAGCUGUUCAUCAUGCAUUAUUCACUUGCAGUCGUCAGCAUCCUAGUGGCGGUGAGCCAUGCUGGGCCUGUUGAUGAGAGUCAUGGACAGGCCGUCUCAUCACAGAGCAUCGUCCGUCAUGACCAACCCACCAAUGGCAACGGCGGUGGACAGAUUAUUCACCAAUCAGCACCUCAACUUCAGCAACAUAUAUUACAGCACAACAGCCCCAUUCUCCAACAUAUUGUACCUGGUAUCCAAGCUCCAGUCGCUCUAGCACGUGCCGAUCAUAUUGAAGAGAGUGCUCCUGUGCACUAUGAGUUCUCUUAUUCAGUAGAAGAUCCGCACACUGGUGACCACAAAUCGCAACACGAGAGCCGCGAGGGAGACGUCGUGAAGGGAGAGUACUCGCUGCUGCAGCCCGAUGGCUCCGUUAGGAGAGUCGAGUACAGUGCUGAUGACCAUUCUGGAUUCAAUGCCAUCGUCCACAACUCAGCGCCAACGGCUCAUGCAGCAUCUGCACCGGUAGUGCAAGCAGCGCCCAUUGCCCACGCGCCCGUUCUCCACGCGGCACCAAUUGCCCACGCACCAGUCCUCCACGCUGCACCUCUUGUCCACGCGACGCCGCUCGUUCACGCUGCGCCCAUCGCCCACGCUCAACUUCUACACGCUGCUCCAUUAUUUGCCCAUCAGUAAAAUUAAAACGCAUACAUCUACUUCUGUUUGAAAUGUA